AUGUCAUGGCCGGUGGCUGGGACCCUGAUGAUCGAACCCACAGAGUCCGAGGACAAAGCGGAGAUGGACCGGUACUGUGACGCGCUGCUGGCCAUCAGGCAGGAGAUCAGCGACAUCGAGGAGGGCCGCAUGGACUCACGGGUCAACCCUUUAAAAAUGUCUCCUCACUCUCUGGCCUGCAUCACGGCCUCCUCCUGGGACAGGCCCUACUCCAGAGAAUUCGCAGCCUUCCCUUUGCCCUACAUUAAACCUGAAACCAAAUUCUGGCCGUCGAUCUCUCGGAUCGACGACAUCUACGGCGACCAGCACCUGGUGUGCACCUGCCCCCCCAUGGACGCCUACGAGUCUCCGUACGAGGAGAAGCGCGCCUCCUCCUAA